CUGGUGGGUCCGGUGUGUACCCCUGACCCGAAGGUCUGCUGCUGGUAAACAUUAGAGCUCGAGAGCUAUAAAACGGGCCUGGCGUGUUCCAGCGGCAUUACAUAUUAAUCCUAUUGUUAUAUAUUAUAAUAUUAGGUGUAUAUAUAAUUAGGAUCACAAUGGACGUAUUUCUAAUGAUCAGGCGAAAAAAAUUGACGAUAUUCACCGACGCGAAGGACGACACCACGGUCCUCGAGCUGAAGAAGAUGAUCGAAGGUAUAAUGAAAGUACCACCGGCAAAUCAACAGCUAUUCAACAAGGACAACCUUCUAAUGUCGGACAACAAGACUUUACAGGAUUAUGGACUGACAUCGUCAACUGCGAAAGCGCAAUGUCCUGCGUUAGUCGGUUUAGCUCUGCGUCAGCCUGAUGGUCAGUUUGAAACUCUCGAAAUGACACCCUUCUCACUACCGCCGGACCUCCCUGACGUUAUGAAAUCCCAAGAGAACAAUGGCCAAGAGCAGUCACCUUGAAACGACGCGGACGAUGUUGCGUCAAUCGACGAUGAAGUUUUGUGUUCUGCGCAAUUUAGUAAUCGUCAGGACAGCUCUGGAUGGUAAAAAAAAAGGGGGGGGCAAAGGGAAAUCUUACGUACCACGUAUGUGAAAUAUUAGAGUGUGAAUAUUAUGGUAACGAAUACCGUAUGAAUAUUAGAUACAUGCAACUUUACACGAGUAUUCAGAGCUGCAAAAAAUUUUUCAAUAUUCAAUUCAAUGAGGAUGCUAUAUAGUCAUGCGAUCUUCAGUCUUGUAAGGACAUGUGAUGAGUACUAAUUUGUACUUGAUUAUUAGACUGAAAGUGAUAAUAAAAGUAAAAAAAAUUCUGCUCACUAUUGCGCAUCAAACCAAAUUAAUAUAGCUAUAAAAUUAACAUAAGUGUUUUGUUAUGGUCAAAAUGCGAGAUAUAAAUACCUCAACUUACAUUUAAGUUACAGGUAUAGCUUAAUUAUUUUAAAAUACCUUUUUAUAAUGAUUCAAAUUGAAUAUCCUGUUCAUCUGUGCUUUAUAUUAUUUUCGCUUAUACGUCCUUGUACCGCAAGGAAAACCAAAUAAGAUGCAAUAUUUUGUAAAAUACACAUUACAUUUUUUAUUUAAUAUAUAUGACCCUGUAAUGUGGAUAUCUAAAUUGCAAGUUCGGUAGUCACGUUGGUAGUGGCAUAUAAGGCAGACUGGAUCUGAGCUGAUAUACAAUACACAAUCGUAAUUGUAAAAUAUAAUGCUCUAAUUAAUGAUCUUUAGUUCUGUAAUAUUGUAUCCUAUUAAUUAUUGUCUAACUUAUACAGUUUUAUAACUAAUGGCAACACCAUUAACUGUACGUUACGAUAAGACUUGUAACAACACACCGCAAAUAAUGUCAUGCUACAUGACAUUAGCAGAAAAAAAAUAUAUUGUAUAUGAUUA